AUGCUCCGGAGUCGCGUGACAUUGGCAGCCCGUACUGCUGGGCGAUCUUUCGCUCCUGAUGCGCCAGUCGCUCCCGUGAGCAGGGACCACAAGGUCGUGGUCAUUGGUGCUGGUUCUGCUGGUAUCUCCAUCAGCCAUCAGCUUCUCCGAACCGGCAAGUUCGGUCAGGAUGACAUUGCCGUUGUUGAUCCCGCCCAAUGGCAUCACUACCAGCCCGGAUGGACCCUGGUCGGUGCUGGCCUCAAGGACAAGGAGGACCUGAAGAGCUCGCUCUCUGAGCUUGUCGACCCCAAGUUCAAGUUCUACAACGUCAGCGUUGAGGGUCUUGCCCCCGAGGAGAACUCUGUCAAGCUCGCCAACGGCAAGAAGAUCAGCUACGACCACCUUGUCGUGGCCCCCGGCAUCAAGAUCAACUACGACAGCAUCAAGGGUCUCCCUGAGGCCCUUGCUACCCGGGAUUCUCCCGUCACCUCCAUCUACGGUUAUGAGACUUGCGACAAAGUUUUCCCCGCCAUUCAGCGUCUGCAGAAGGGCAACGCCAUCUUCACCCAGCCUGCUGGCGUCAUCAAGUGCGCUGGUGCUCCUCAGAAGGCCAUGUGGCUCGCUCUGGACCACUGGAAGCAGACGGAUCUGUACAACCCCGAGGACGUCUCCAAGUCGCCUAUCAAGAUCAGCUUCGCUACCGGCCUCCCCACCAUGUUCGGUGUUCCCAAGUACAGCGCUGCGCUCGAGAAGCUCCGACAGGAGCGAGGUGUCGAGGGUCUGUUCCAGCACGAUCUCGUUGCCAUUGAGGGCAACAAGGCCAUUUUCGCCCGUCCGGACGGUCAGGAGAACGUGACCAAGCAGUUUGACUUUUUGCACGUCGUCCCCAAGAUGGGCCCUCAUGCUUUCGUCAAGAACAGCGCUCUCGCUAACGAGGCUGGCUAUGUCGAUGUUGACGACAACACCACCCGCCACAAGAAGUUCGCCAACGUCUGGUCCGCUGGUGAUGCUUCUAGCCUGCCCACCUCCAAGACGGCUGCUGCCGUCACCUCUGAGGCUCCCGUUCUGGUCGGCAACCUGCUGCGAGCCAUGGAGGGCAAGGAGCCCGAGCCUCUGUACGACGGCUACACCUCUUGCCCUCUGCCAACAGAGUACGGCAAGUUGAUGCUGGCCGAGUUCAAGUACGGAGGUGUUCCCAAGGAGACGUUUGGAGAUCUGUUUGGCAUCGACCAGGCCGUUCCCCGCCGCUCUUUCUACUAUAUGAAGAAGGACUUCUUCCCGUGGGUGUACCAAAAGUAUAUGGUCAAGGGACAAUGGGGCGGACCUAAGGGAUGGAUCAACUAGAGAAAAGUCUGGGAUAGCGUGUACAUUACUGCAUAGGAAUAUAUCACGGAGUUG